AUGGUGAUGCUUGGGAUGAAAUUGGGAGGUGAUGUUCCUUUCCAAAAGGUUUAUUUACAUCCAAUGAUUCGCGAUGCACAUGGAAGAAAAAUGUCCAAAUCUUUGGGCAAUGUGGUGGAUCCUAUAGAAGUAAUAUGUGGAAUAACCCUAGAGGGUCUUCAUAAGAGACUUGAGGAGGGUAAUUUGGACCUUACUGAAUUAAAAGUUGCCAAAGAAGGGCAAAAGAAGGAUUUUCCUAAUGGUAUUCCUGAAUGUGGGGCAGAUGCCCUUCGAUUUGCCCUUGUCUCAUACACUGCUCAGUCAGAUAAAAUCAAUCUAGACAUACAACGAGUGGUGGGAUACAGACAAUGGUGUAACAAACUAUGGAAUGCAGUUCGAUUUGCCAUGACAAAACUCAAUGACAAUUAUACCCCUCCAAAAACAAUAGACCCAAAGAACAUGCCCUUCAGUUGCCAAUGGAUUCUUUCAGUUCUCACCAAAGCCACAUCCAAAACCAUAUCAUCUUUAAACUCCUAUGAAUUCUCAGAUGCAUCAAGUGCUGUUUAUUCAUGGUGGCAGUUUCAGCUCUGUGAUAUCUUCAUUGAAGUAAUUAAACCUUACUUCUUUGGUGAUGAUGCAGCUUCAAAGGCUUAUGCACAAGAUACUUUGUGGGUGUGUUUGGAUACAGGGUUAAGAUUGCUUCAUCCUUUUAUGCCUUUUGUUACUGAAGAAUUAUGGCAACGACUUCCUUCACCUAAGCAUUGUGAAAGAGAGAAGUCUAUUAUGAUUUGUGAAUACCCUUCUGUUGUAGAGUCAUGGAGAAAUGAAAAGAUUGAAUAUGAGAUGGAGGUGGUUGAGUCUGCUGUGAAAUCACUCAGAUCAAUUAGGGCAAACUUCCCUGCACAGGAAAGAAAUGAAAGGCGAGCUGGAUUUGCAGUUUCUAGAAACGAACAAACUACAGAGCUUCUGAGACGCCAUGAAAUGGAGGUUUCAACCUUAGCCAACUUAUCCUCAUUCACGGUUCUGAGUGAAAAUGAUGCUGCUCCAGCUGGAUGUGCAGUGUCAGUUGUAAACCAAUCACUUUCUGUUUAUCUAAAGCUUCAAGGAUCCAUUGAUGUUAAAAAGGAACGUGAAAAGCUCAAUGCAAAGUUGACAGAGUUACAAAAGCAAAAGGAUAGUUUGAACAAGGCGAUGAGUGCUAAAGGGUAUGAAGAGAAGGUUCCGGAACAUAUAAAAGAAGAAAACAUGGCUAAAUUGACAAUGCUAAUGCAACAGUUAAUGUCUUGUGAGGAAGCUACUCAGCACUUUGAACGCGAAGUGGCUUCAAAAGCAGAGAUCUAAGUCAACCCUCAGAGGCAUUUAUUCAAAUGACAAUUAGGGAAACAAGAGUUGAAGAUUUUGAUACAAUUUUGUGAGAUUAUUUGUAUUUUUAUCUUGUUAUGAUAACAUUUAUAUACCAUGCUCCUGUUUUGUUGAACAUUUUAGCUUCACGGAUUCAUUUGGACAGAUUAGUGACUAGAGACAAAGCUGAGUUAUGGUGGGGGAUUGAUAUCCAUACCUUGAUAUUUACAACA